AAAGCCUGCCGGAGUGUUCCUAGUACUACAGAUGGUGGCGGAGCAGAGCUACUGUACAACGCUAACGGGCGGCGGAGACCAAGAAGAAGUAGCCGCUGAAGAAGAGCCAGCAGUGGCCGAGGAGGAGGAGUAGUAGUAGCUUGGAAGUCUCAAUUCUUGCACAUCUCAACACAUUGCUCAUAUCGGCGGUGAUCUACACAAACACCUAAUAAAAAGAGAAGGGAGAAGUAGAGGAAGAUGGCGGCCGCGGCCUCGCCGGGCUCCGGCUCGUCCGCCGCCUCAGACUGGGCUGUGCUGAGAGAUGGCUGCCUGCGCUGCGACGAGCAGGGCCUGCGAAGCCUCUCGUACCACCCGGCCCUCAACGCUAUCCUGGCCGUCACCAGCCGGGGUAGUAUUAAAGUCAUUGACGGGACAUCUGGGGCAAUCCUGCAGGCGUCGGCGCUACACGCCAAACCCGGUGGUCGUGUCCGAUGCCAGUAUUUCCCAGCGGUUGACAAGGUGCUCUUCGUGGAUGACUAUGUGGUCGGGUGCAGGAAGGACCUGAACGGCAUCCUCCUGCUGGACACCGCCCUGCAGCCACCAGCCUCCAAACCAGAGGACAUGGUCCAGUUGGAGCUGCCCGUCACAGAAGCGCAGCAGAUGCUGUGUGCGUGUCAGGAGAAGAUCGAUGUCUCCAACACAGAGGGCUACGACCUCUUCAUCACACAACUCAAAGAGGGAGUGAAGAAUACCUCACACGAGACGGCAGCCAAUCACAAAGUAGCCAAGUGGGCCACAGUGACCCUGCACCUCCCCCACCAUGUCCUGAGGCUGGUGGCCGGCGCCGUGGUCAACGAGCUGAAGAAGAUCAACCAGAACGUGGCGGCCCUCUCCGUGGCCUCCUCCAUCAUGGACCGCCUUUCCUACCUCCUCGCCAGCGCCCGACCGGAACUGGGGGUGGGCCCUGGUCGUUCUGUAGACAGGUCACUGAUGUACAGUGAGGCCAACCGGAGGGAGACCUUCACAUCCUGGCCCCACGCCGGGUACCGCUGGGCCCAGCCCGACCCCAUGGCCCAGGCUGGCUUCUACCACCAGCCGGCCUCUACAGGUGACGACCGGGCCAUGUGCUUCACCUGCAGCGUCUGUCUGGUCUGCUGGGAGCCCACAGAUGAACCCUGGUCUGAACACGAGCGACAUUCCCCAAACUGUCCGUUCGUGAAGGGUGAGCACACACAGAACGUGCCGCUGUCGGUCACGUUGGCAACCAGCCCCGCCCAGUUCCCAAGCGGUGCAGACGCCUCAGACAAGAUCGCCUGCUAUGGCUUCGGGAGUUGCCCCCACUUCCUGGCCGCCGCCACAAAGAGGGGCAAGAUUUGCAUCUGGGACGUCUCCAAGAUGAUGAGGGUGCACCUGAAGUUCGAGAUCAACCCGUACGACCCGGCCAUCCUGAGCCAGAUCGUCCAGAGUGGCAGCGACCACAACCAGCAGAUGCUGACAGAGUCCCGGAGGCCCACCCUGGCCUGGCUGGAGGAGUCCUCCACCUGCUCAGACCUCCCCAAGCUGGAGGGAGACAGUGAUGACCAGUUGGAGGACUCGGACAGUGAAGAGCAUUCCAGAUCAGAGUCGGUAACAGGCCAAGCGUCCCAGCGGGAGGGCAUGGAGGUGAGUCUGGGGGUGACGGCGCUCAGCGUGCUGCAGCAGCCGGAGAAGCUGCAGUGGGAGGUGGUGGCCAGCGUGCUGGAGGACACGGUGAAGAACCUCGAGGAGCUGGGGGCCAACCCCUCGCUGGGCCACCAGGCCAACAAGCCCCACGGCCACGACAAGGCCAAGGACAAAUUCCAGGACCACCACAACAUUCCCUUCCCCUGCCUGCUGGCCGGAGGCCUGCUCAGCUACCGCCCGCCGGCAACCCCCGCCCCCACGGCGGGCCCCGCGCCGGCCCGCCGGACCACCGACUGUCCCCCUCUCAGGACUCAAAGCCCCGUCCCCGGCCCCCUGCAGGACCCCGGCAGCCCCGUGCAGAUGGAGACCAGCGCCCCCCCCUCGCCCCUGCCGGCCACGCACCCCGAGGGGGUCUCCCCCGCCCCCACGCCCCCCUCGGCGCGCAGGACUAUGCCCGUGCUGCUGCUGUACAGCAUCAAGGAGGCGGAGGACGCCAAGUCCUCGGGGAAGGUGUUCGCCCAGAUGAACAACCUGAUGAGCAAGGGGCUCCACGAGGAGGGCUUCACCGUGCCCCAGAUCAUCGAGAUGGAGUUCGACACGCACGAGCAGCUCCUCCUGCAGGACCCGCCCAUCACCUACAUCCAGCAGUUCGCCGACGCCGCCGCCAACCUGGCGGGCCUCGACGGCCACGGCGACAAGUGGAGCACGCUGGGGGCGCCCCCGGGUGCGGGCCUCCCGCGGCCCGGCGCCCUGGUGCAGUGUCUGCGGCUGCCCCGGCAGCUGGAGGAGGAGAACCUGUACGUGGACUCCAUCACGCCGUGCUGGGACGGCGUGCACCUCCUGGUGGGCCUGCAGCCGUGCGGCGUGGAGAGCCUCAGCGCCAUCAACCAGGUGGAGGCGCUCAACAACCUCAACCGCCUCAACUCGGCGCUCUGCAGCCAGCAGCCACCGGAGCCCGCGCACCCCUCCCUGGCCAACGGGGUGGAGGGCUGCUCGCCGCCGCAGACGCCGCUCAUCCUCCCGCCGGCCCCCCCCCCCCAGCACCACCAGCAGCAGCAGCAGCAGCAGAGCCGGCCCCUGGGGAGCGGCGGCGGGGGCUAUCUGGCGCUCUACAAGCUCAACUACUCCACGCGCAUCGUCACGCUGGACGAGGAGCCCGUCAAGGUGCAGCAGAUCCGGGACCCCCGCGACGCCGUCACCUCCCUCAUGCUGCUGCCCCCGGACGUGCUGGACGGGCGGGAGGACGAGAGCGAGGAGGGGGCCCCCGACGAGGGCCUCCACAGCGGCGCCAAGGGCGUCUCCUCCGGCUUCGGGGCCGGGGGCUCGUCGGCGUGGACGGCCUGCGGCGCGCCCCCCGCAGAGAGCCUCACGGGGCCGUCGGCCUCCGCCUCGUCCAGCCCCAAGGAGGGGCGGCGGGCGGCGGUGACGGGCCUGGGACACCUGGUGGUGACCACGCAGGCCGGCUACAUUAUGAUACUGGAUCUGUCCACGCUGGAGAUCCUGGCCAAGGUGGAGCCCCCCAAGAAGGAGGGCUCGGCGGAGGAGACCGACCCCUUCGUCUCUGUGACGUACUGCUCCGGGACUGACCGCCUGUGUGCCUGCACGCAAGGUGGAGAACUUCAUUUCCUUCAAAUUGGAGGUGUGUGUGAUGAUCUAGACGACGGCGACAUGUUUGUCGACGGCCCCCUGUCUAAAGGGGUUGAACAGCUGCUGGAGGGGUCCAAGCCCUCCUCCAAUCCUUCCAGCCCUGGCAUCACAGGAGUAGACCUCCUGGUGGACCAGGCCCCGACCACCGAGAGCCUGAGCUCCCUGGUGGAGCUGACGCGCUUCGAGACGCUGACGCCCCGCUUCUCUGCCACCGUGCCCCCCUGCUGGGUGGAGGUCCAGCAGGAGCAGCAGCAGAGGCGACACCCCCAGCACCUCCACCAGCAGCACCACGGGGACGCCGCCCAGCACACACGCACCUGGAAGCUGCAGAGCGACAGCUCCAGCUGGGACGAGCACGUGUUUGAGUUGGUGCUGCCCAAGGCCUGCAUGGUGGGCCACGUGGACUUCAAGUUCCUCAUGAACCCCAACAUCACCAACAUUCCCCAGAUCCAGGUCACCCUGCUGAAGAACAAGGCCCCGGGCCUGGGGAAAGUCAGCGAGACGGCGGUGGACAGACAGAUCUCCUUCCCCCUGUCCCACGCACUGCACGCAAAUGGGGAGAGGAACGGACAGCCCCUCCUCUAUGAAUUCUCAGAGGACAUGCACUUCAUGGAUGUGGAGGACACCCCAGGCUCCAUGCUGUGUCCCUUCCUAGAGGACCACAAGGAGGACAUCCUUUGUGGGCCGGUGUGGCUGGCCAGCGGACUGGACCUCUCCGGACACGCCGGCAUGCUGAGUCUCACCAGCCCCAAGCUGGUCAAAGGCAUGGCGGGGGGAAAGUACCGCUCCUUCCUGGUGCACAUCAAGGCGGUGAGCGACAAGAGUGCCGAAGACAGCCCGCGGCCUGUGGUGCGCAUGCCCAGCGCCAAGCCCAUCAGCACCAAGACCCACUCGCUGUCCACACUGCUGCAGAGGGCGCAGGCCUCCAAGGACAAGGCUUCCACAUCAAAGUCAGAGCCAGGCACCCCCUGCAAGAAGCCUGACAGCCUGCGGGGCUGUGACCUGCUGCAGGAGGUGUCAGUCACCAUCCGCAGGUUCAAGAAGACCUCAAUACCCAAAGAGAGAGUCCAGCGCUGUGCCAUGCUGCAGUUCUUGGACUUCCACGAGAAGCUGCUGAGCGCCCUCUGUAAGAGGGCCGAGGAGGGGCCCGGCACGGAGCACGGACAGAGCCUCAUCCUGGACAUCCUGUGCUGGCUGGCGGGGGUCUACUCCAACGGCUCCUGCAGCCUGAGGGAAGGAAAGGAGGGCCUGCUGGCCAAGACGAGGAAACGACUGACGGAGAUCGUCAGGGUCUGCUUCUUCGAGGCCGGCCGCAGUAUAGCGCACAAAUGUGCGCGCUUUCUUGCACUGUGUAUUAGUAACGGCAAAGGGAACCCCAGUCAACAGGGGUUCGGCACAGACCUUCUCAAGGCUCUUCUGGACAACAUGCCUCUGCUCCCUGCAGCGGCGACAGGCGGCUCGGUGUUCUGGUACUUUGUGCUGCUGAACUAUGUGAAGGAGGAGGACCUGGCCAGCUGCAGCACGGCCUGCGCCUCCCUGCUCACCGCUGUGUCCCGCAAGCUGCAGGACCGCCUCACGCCUCUAGAGGCGCUGCUGCAGACCAGAUAUGGUCUGUACAGCUCGCCCUUUGACCCCGUGCUCUUUGACCUGGAGGUCAGUGGGUCAUCCUGUAAGAAUGCCUUCAACAGCAGCACCGGGGUGCAGUCGGACGAGAUCGACCUCUCAGACAUCCUCUCAGGUAAUGGUAAGGUGAGUGGAGGAGCGGCCGCAGAGGGCAGCUUCACAGCCCUGACGGGGCUCCUAGAGGUGGAGCCGCUCCACUUCAGCUGCAUCUCCACCAGCGACGGGACCCGGGUGGAGCGCGACGACGCCAGCAUGUUCACAGUGAGUACGUUCGGCGUGACCCCCGCGGUGGGCGGUCUGUCCACGGGCUCGGUGGGCGAGGCGUCCACGGCGCUGAGCUCCGCCGCCCAGGUGGCGCUGCAGUCCCUCUCCCACGCCAUGGUGUCUGCCGAGCAGCAGCUGCAGGUGCUGCAGGAGAAGCAGCAGCAGCUGCUCAAGCUGCAGCAGCAGAAGGCUAAGUUGGAGGCGAAGCUGCACCAGACCACGUCUGCAGCGGCGGCUGCUUCCGGAGUGGGGCCCAUCCACAACUCAGUGCCUUCCAACCCGGUCUCAGCCCCGGGCUUCUUCAUCCACCCCUCGGACGUCAUCCCGCCCACGCCCAAGACCACGCCCCUCUUCAUGACCCCGCCCCUCACCCCGCCCAACGAGGCGGUGUCGGCGGCCUUCAGUGCCGAGCUGGCGCACCUGUUCCCCGGCUCCAUGAUGGAACCGGGCCCCGUCAACCUGGUGGCACACAACAAGAGCAGCCAGAAGAGCAAGCCGAGCUCUAUGGGCAGUGGUCUAGCACUGGCUAUCUCCCAGGCUUCCCACUUCCUGCAGCCCCCUCCACACCAGUCCAUCAUCAUAGAGCGCAUGCACUCUGGAGCGCGUCGGUUUGUGACGCUGGACUUUGGGCGCCCCGUGCUGCUCACCGACGCCCUGAUCCCCACCUGCGCCGACCUGGCCUCCCUGUCCAUCGACAUCUGGACCCUGGGCGAGGAGGUGGACGGGCGCCGCCUGGUGGUCGCCACCGACAUCAGCACCCACUCCCUGAUCCUGCACGACCUGCUGCCGCCCCCCGUCUGCAGGUUCAUGAAGAUCACUGUGAUUGGCCGAUACGGGAGCACCAACGCCCGCGCCAAGAUCCCAUUGGGCUUCUACUACGGCCACACCUACAUCCUGCCCUGGGAGACGGAGCUGAAGCUGCUCCACGACCCCCUGAGGGGGGAGAGCGAGGCGGCGGGCCAGCCUGACGUGGACCAGCACCUGGCCAUGAUGGUGGCCCUGCAGGAGGACAUCCAGUGCAGGUACAACCUGGCGUGCCACCGGCUGGAGACGCUGCUGCAGAACAUCGACCUGCCGCCGCUCAACAGCGCCAACAACGCGCAGUACUUCCUGCGCAAGCCCGACAAGGCGGUGGAGGAGGACCAGCGGGUCUUCCUGGCCUACCAGGACUGCGUCCAGCUGCAGCUGCAGCUCAACCUGGCGCACCACGCCGUGCAGAGGCUGCGUGUGUCGCUGGGCGCCGGCCGCAGGGUCCCGCCCGGGGCCGGCGGCGGCCACGGCCACCACGACGCCCACGAGCUGGUCCAGGGCUCCUCCACGGAGCAGCUCAGGACCGUCAUACGGUACCUGCUGGACACGCUGCUCAGCCUGCUGCACUCCAACAACGGCCACGCAGUGCCUGCGGUGCUGCAGAGCACCUUCCACGACAGGGCGUGCGAGGAUCUGUUCAAGCACCUGUGUAUCAGCGGCACGCCCAAGAUCCGCCUCCACGCCGGCCUGCUGCUAGUGCAGCUGUGUGGCGGCGAGCGCUGGUGGGGCCAGUUCCUCUCCAAUGUGCUGCAGGAGCUCUACAACUCUGAGCAGCUGCUCGUCUUCCCCCAGGACAGGGUGUUCAUGCUACUGUCUUGUAUCGGCCAGCGCUCCCUGAGUAACAGCGGGGUGUUGGAGGGUCUCCUCAACCUGCUGGACUCCCUGCUAUCCCCCCUGCAGCAGCCCCUGGCCGCCGCCCAGAGACGCACCGAGGGCGUGCUGGACGUGCCUAUGAUCAGCUGGGUGGUGAUGCUGGUGUCCAGGCUGCUGGACUACGUCGCCAGUGUGGAGGACGAGGCGGCGGGCUCCAAGAAGCACCUCAACGGCAAGGAUAGGGAGCGCUCGUACACGGGCAACCAGUGGAGCUUCAUCAACAACAGCCUCCAGUCCCAGAACUCCGGCCGGUCCUCCAAAGGCAACAGCAGCCUCGACCGCCUCUACUCCCGCAAGAUCCGCAAGCAGCUGGUGCACCACAAGCAGCAGCUAAACCUAUUGAAAGCCAAACAGAAAGCCCUGGUGGAGCAGAUUGAGAAGGAGAAGGUGCAGAGCAACAAGGGCUCCUCCUACAAGCUGCUGGUGGAGCAGGCCAAGCUCAAGCAAGCCACAUCCAAGCACUUUAAGGACCUGAUCCGUCUCCGGCGCACGGCGGAGUGGCCCCGGUCCUCUCUGGACACGGAGGCGGCGGCGGCUAAGGAGGCCCCGGAGGUGGAGCCCCUGCCCUUCACCCUGGCCCACGAGCGCUGCAUCUGCGUGGUGCAGAAGCUGGCCCUCUUCCUGCUCUCCAUGGACUUCACCUGCCACGCAGACCUGCUGCUCUUCGUCUGCAAGGUGCUGGCCCGGAUAGCCAACGCCACGCGGCCCACCAUCCGCCUGUGUGAGGUGGUGACCGAGCAGCAGCUGGAGCGCCUACUGCUGCUCCUGGUCGGCACCGACUUCAACAGGGGAGACAUCUCGUGGGGCGGGGCCUGGGCCCAGUACUCCCUCACCUGCAUGCUGCAGGACAUCCUGGCAGGAGAGCUCCUGUCCCCGGGCUCUCUGGACGUGAUGGACGAGGUGAACUCGGGCGAGGAGGCUGCGGCGUCGGGGGUCUCGUCCUCCGGGUCGGGGGACCUGGAGGACUCUUUGCCCCCGGCCGCACCCCUCUCCCUGGGAGAGGGCAUGGACGACUCCCUGGUCCCUGAUAUCAUCGCAGGUACAGCCGGGAACUCCUCCUCCUCCCUUUUCCAAAGUGCUCCACCUCUGUCCUCAUUGGAAAAAGAUAAAGACAUAGACUUUGACUUGCUACAAGACCUGAUGGAUGUUGAUAUUGAUCCUUUAGAUAUUGAUUUGGAAAAGGAUCCACUCGCCGCAAAAGUUUUUAAGCCUAUCAGCAGCACCUGGUAUGACUACUGGGGUGCUGACUAUGGCACUUACGGGUACAACCCCUACAUAGGGGGGGUGGGCAUCCCGGUGUCCAAACCUCCCGUUGCCGUGGAGAAGCCCGGCUCACAGAGCAUCUCCGUGUCCGUCUCCCAAGCUCUUGACGCCCGUCUGGAGGUUGGCUUGGAGCAGCAGGCGGAGCUGAUGUUGAAGAUGAUGGCCACGCUGCAGGCUGACUCCAUCCUGCAGGCCCUCACCUCCACCUCACCCACAGUGUCUCAGGCCCCCAACGGGACCGACGACUCCCUGCUGAGAGGCCUCCACGGAGGGUCUUCUCCUCCGGCCGGGGGCCCUCUGAUCCAGGCCUCCUCCAUCCCAAUGCUGAGUGCCUGCUUCAACAAGCUUUUCUCAAUGCUGCAGGUCCACCACGUGCAGUUGGAGUCUCUGCUGCAGCUGUGGCUGACCCUGAGUCUGAAUUCGUGCUCUAGCGGCAGCGAGGAGAGCGGCUCAGACAUCUUCAUGUUCAACGCCAGCAGAGUGCCCACCAUUCCCCUCAACCAAGCCUCUAUCAGCAGCUUCCUGACGGUGCUGGCCUGGUACCCCAACACCUCCCUGAGGACCUGGUGCCUGGUGCUCCACUCCCUCACCCUGAUGACCAACAUGCCGGCCUGCACUCCUGCUCCUGCUAUGGGCGGGCCAGAGGGCACAGCCCAGCAGAUGGUGUCGGACCCCACGCUGGUGCACGUGCUGGUGCGCUUCUUCUCAGGCAGCAGCCCCCACGGCACCGGGCAGCACAGCGCCCAGGUGGGCCCCACCGCCACGCAGGCCAUGCAGGAGUUCCUCAGCCGCCUGCAGGUGCACCUGUCCCCCACCUGCCCCCAGAUGUUCAGCGACUUCCUGCUCCGGCUCAUGCACAUCCUGUCCACCGAGAGGGGCCCCUUCCAGUCCGGCCAGGGCCCGCUCGAUGCCCAGGUGAAGCUGCUGGAGUUCACCCUGGAGCAGAACUUCGAGGUGGUGUCGGUCAGCACCAUCUCCUCCGUCAUAGAGUCCUCCACCUUCCUGGUGCACCACUACAUCACCUGCUCCGACAAGGUGGUGUCGCGCAGCGGCUCGGACUCGUCCUCGGGCGCGCGUGCCUGCUUUGGCGGCCUCUUCGCCAACAUCAUCCGCCCGGGCGACGCCAAGGCGGUGUGCGGCGAGACCACCCGCGACCAGCUGAUGUUCGACCUGCUGAAGCUGGUCAACGUGCUGGUGCAGCUGCCGCUGUCGGGCGACCGGGAGUUCAGCGGGCGCGCGCUGGGGGCGGGCGGCGCUGCCGCCGCCGCCGACAGCAGCGUGUCGGACGAGGAGAAGGUGUGCGGCAGCAUGGAGAGCAGCGGAGCCGCCGGGGGCGCGGCCUCCAGCCAGGGCCCGGCCGCCGGCAUGGCAGACCUGGUCCUGGCCAACCAGCAGAUCAUGAGCCAGAUCCUCUCGGCGCUGGGCCAGUGUAACAGCAGCGCCAUGGCCAUGAUCAUAGGAGCCAGCGGCCUGCACCUCACCAAGCACGAGAACUUCCACGGGGGGCUUGACGCCAUCUCGGUGGGCGAUGGCCUCUUCACCAUCCUCACCACCCUCAGCAAGAGGGCCACCUCUGUGCAGGUCAUGCUGCAGCCCAUACUCACCUACAUGGCCUGUGGAUACAUGGGUAGACAGGGUUCUCUGUCGACGUGCCAGCUGUCGGAGCCUCUCCUCUGGUUCAUCCUCAGAGUGUUGGACACCAGCGAAGCACUGAAGGCCUUCCAUGACAUGGGUGGCGUCCAGCUGAUCUGUAACAACAUGGUGACCAGCACGCGGGCCAUCGUCAACACGGCGCGCAGCAUGGUCUCCACCAUCAUGAAGUUCCUGGACUCGGGGCCCGGGAAGGCCGCAGACGGCAGCCUGAAGGCCCGGGUCAUGACGGCCGAGCCGGACAACGCUGAGGGCCUUCACAACUUUGCCCCCCUCGGCAGCAUCACGUCCAGCAGCCCCACGGCCCAGCCGGCGGAGGUCCUGCUCCAGUCCACGCCGCCCCACCGCCGGGCGCGCUCCGCCGCCUGGUCCUACAUCUUCCUGCCGGAGGAGGCCUGGUGUGACCUCACCAUCCACCUCCCCGCCGCCGUGCUCCUCAAGGAGCUGCACAUCCAGCCGCACCUCGCCUCCCUCGCCACGUGUCCCUCCUCGGUCUCCGUGGAGAUCAGUGCAGACGGGGUCAACAUGCUGCCUCUGUCCACGCCGGUCAUCACCAGCGGGCUGACCUACAUCAAGAUCCAGCUGGUGAAGGCCGAGGUGGCGUCGGCCGUGUGCCUGCGGCUGCACCGCCCGCGGGACGCCAGCACCCUGGGCCUGUCCCAGAUCAAGCUGCUGGGCCUCACCGCCUUUGGGAACACCUCCUCAGCCACCGUCAACAACCCCUUCCUGCCCUCUGAGGACCAGGUCUCCAAGACAAGUAUCGGCUGGCUCCGCCUCCUCCACCACUGCUUGACCCACGUGGGCGACCUGGAGGCCACCAUGGCGAGCGCGGCGGCGCCCACGGCCAACCUGCUGCAGACGUGCGCGGCGCUGCUCAUGUCGCCCUACUGCGGCAUGCACUCGCCCAACAUCGAGGCGGUGCUGGUGAAGAUUGGCCUGCAGUCCACGCCCGUCGGCCUCAAGCUCAUCGACAUCCUGCUCAGGAACUGCGCCGCGUCGGGCACCGACCCCACCAACCUCAACAGUCCCUUGCUGUUCGGACGCCUCAACGGCCUCUCCUCAGACUCCACCAUCGACAUCCUCUACCAGCUGGGCACCACACAGGACGCCGGCACCAAAGACAGAAUCCAGGCUCUGCUCCAGUGGGUUCAGGACUCGUCACGAGUCGCCGCCCACAAGCGCAACGGGCCAAUGGGAGGGUACGGGGGCGCAGGCGUGAGCUCCGCCUCCUCUUCCACCUCCUCCUCCAGGGAGUACGGCCUGCUCAUGCCCUCGCCCUCCCACCUCCACUGUGUGGCGGCCAUUCUGUGGCACAGCUACGAGCUGCCGGUGGACUACGACCUGCCGCUGCUGCUCGACAGGGAGCUCUUCGAGCUGCUGUACAACUGGUCCAUGUCCCUCCCGGGCAACGUGGUGCUGAAGAAGGCGGUGGACAGCCUGCUGUGCUCCAUGUGCCACAUCCACCCGGGCUACUUCUCCCUGCUCAUGUCCUGGCUGGGCAUCGUGUCUCCGCCCGCCGCCACGGAGCACCACCGCCGCCACCACCGGCUCUCCAUGACGGACGACGGCAAGAAGCAGCACGACGCCAACGCCACGGCCAGCGCCGCCGCCGGCCUCACGGACGACUCCAAGCACGCCCGGCUGCCCCUCGACCUCACCGAGUCCCAGCUGACCACGCUGGCGGCCGCCGCGCUCUCGCCCGGCGCCAUCGAGCAGCUGCUGGACUCGGGGCUGCCCUCCCUGCUGGCCCGCAGCCUGGCCCAGCUCUGCUGCAGCCUGCUGGCCAGCGCCGACCUGCCGCUGCCCGCCACCUCCCAGGCGGAGCGCCACCGGCAGCACCACCACUCCCACCACCACGCGUCCCACCUCCAUCACCAGCCCCCGCACCACCACUCCUACGGCUCCUCGUCUUCGUCGUCGUCGUCGUCGUCGUCGUCGUCGUCGUCGUCUUCGUGGCAUUACAGCCAGCCGGCCCUGGCCCCGGAGCUGGCGGCCCCCGUGCUGCGCUUCCUCACGGAGGUGGGCAACAGCCAUGCCAUGAAGGACUGGCUGGGCGGUCCCGAGGUCAACCCCCUCUGGACCUCCCUGCUCUUCCUGCUCUGCCACUCCAGUGCCAGCAGCGCCGGGUUCCACAGCAGCGCCACCACGCCCUCCUCCCCCGCCGGCGCCGGCGCCUCCGCCUCCUCCCCCCAGGCCUCGGGGUCCCACCACCUGGCCCCGGGGCGACCGGGGCCCCUCAGCACCCAGCAGAGGACGGCCCUGGAGAACGCCACCGUGGCCUUCUUCUUGCAAUGCAUCUCCUGCCACCCCAACAACCAGCGGCUCAUGGCUCAGGUGCUUUGCGAGCUGUUCCAGUCGGCCCCCCAGCGCGGGAGCGUGCCCGUCUCGGGGAACAUCUCCGGGUUCAUCAGACGGCUCUUCCUGCAGAUCAUGCUUGAGGAUGAGAAAGUCACCGUGUUCCUGCAGUCUCCCUGCCCGCUUUACAAAGGCCGUAUCAACGCCACAAGUCAUGUGAUCCAGCACCCCAUGUACGGAGCCGGACACAAGUACCGCACCCUGCACCUGCCCAUCUCCACCACGCUGGCUGAGGUCCUGGAUCGGGUCUCGGACACGCCCAGCAUCACAGCCAAACUGAUCAGUGAGCAAAAGGACGACAAGGAGAAGAAGAACCACGAGGAGAAGGAGAAGAUGAAGGCCGACAACGGUUUCCAGGACAACUACAGCGUCGUCGUGGCCUCAGGCUUGAAGUCCCAGUCUAAGAGGGCCCUAUCCACGCCCCCCCGGCCCCCCUCCAGGAGGGGCCGCGUGAUGACAGACAAGCUGGCCGCCUCCUCCUCCUCAGACCCCUCCAACAAGACCAUCAGCGUCCCCGUCUUCCACCUCUACCACAACCUGCUGCCAGGCCAGCCGCUGCCCGCGGAGAUGACCCUGGCCCAGCUCCUCACCCUGCUCUACGACCGCAGGCUGCCUCAGGGCUACCGCUCCAUCGACCUCACCGUCAAGCUGGGCUCCAAGGUCAUCUCGGACCCCGGCCUCUCCAAGACGGACUCCUUCAAGAGGCUAAGGACAGAGAAAGUGGAGCACUGUGAGAUGCUGAGCAGCUGUCCCGAGGACGAGCCCAUGACCCCCGGAGAGGAGAUACCAGACGCCACGGACGAGACCCUGCUGGAGACCAGCCCGGUGCAGUCCCCCCUGCAGGUGUUCGCCGGGAUGGGGGGCCUGGCACUGAUCGCCGAGAGGCUGCCCAUGCUCUACCCUGACGUCAUACAGCAGUUCCCGAAAAUCGAGCCGUACAGGCUGUGUCCAAGAGCAAGCCCCGAGUGGCAUCACGCGCCCCAAAACGGCCACCAAGUGAUCUCGCCCAUCGUGCCCUCCACCACGCUGGAGAAGCCCAAGGAGAGCGACCAGUUUGAGUGGGUGACCAUCGAGCAGUCGGGGGAGCUGGUGUACGAGGCACCCGAGACCAUCGCGGCGGAGCCCCCCCCUCCGCCCAUCAACAAGCAGCAGCUGCCGGGCCAGGCCUCGUCGUCCUCCUCCUCCUCGGUGCAGACCAUGUCGCCCAUCCCCGCCCACUCGCUGGCGGCGUUCGGCCUCUUCCUGCGGCUGCACGGCUACGCCGAGGUGCUGCUGAAGGAGAGGAAGCACGCCCAGUGUCUGCUGCGGCUCGUCCUGGGCGUCACCGACGACGGCGAGGGAAGUCACAUCCUGCAGUCUCCGUCCGCCAACGUGCUGCCCACGCUACCCUUCCACGUGCUCCGGGCGCUGUUCAGCACCACGCCGCUCACCACAGACGACGGCGUCCUGCUCCGACGCAUGGCCUUGGAGAUCGGGGCAAUCCACCUCAUCCUGGCAUGUCUGUCGGCCCUCAGCCACCACGCCCCUCGCAUCCCCAACGCCUGCCCCAACGCCUCCGAGCCCCAGGUGGCUAGCGGGCACGGUGGUGGCACCAGCGAGGAGCAGCAGCUGUACUGGGCCAAGGGAACGGGCUUCGGUACGGGCUCCACCGCCUCGGGCUGGGACGUGGAGCAGGCCCUCACCAAGCAGCGGCUGGAGGAGGAGCACGUCACCUGCCUGCUACAGGUACUGGCCAGCUACAUCAACCCGGCAGGCUGUGCUGGCGGACCGGGCAGCGAGGCCCAGACGUCCGGAGAGAGCCGACCCCACAACAGCACGGCGCUGCCCGCCGUCCUCCAGGAGCUGCUCAGCCAGUCCUGCCUCAUCCCCGCCAUGUCCUCCUACCUGCGCAACGACUCUGUGCUGGACAUGGCCCGCCACGUGCCCCUGUACCGGGCCCUCCUGGAACUCCUGAGGGCCAUCUCCACCUGCACAGCCCUGGUGCCCCUGCUCCUGCCCCUGCCUGGGGGCCCGGGGCAGGAAGAGCCGGAUGACGACAUGGACGAUCAAGGCUCUGAGGGCCAGACCUCCGUAGGCAUGUUGCUGGCCAAGAUGAAGACCUGCGUGGACACGUACACCAACCGCCUCCGGUCAAAGAAAGACAAGAGUAAAGUCUUGCCCAAGCCGGACAGCUCGGACCCGGAGCCUGAGGGCUUGUCCCUCCUGGUGCCGGACAUCCAGAGGACGGCAGAUAUCGUCUACUCUGCCACCACCAGCCUGAGACAGGCCAACCAAGAGAGGAAGAUGGCCGAGUCGUCCAGAAGGACGUCCAGCCGUCCCAAGCCGCUGUCUGUCCUGCGAUCCCUCGAGGACAAAUACGUAGCAGCCAUGAAGAAACUCCAGUUUGACACCUUUGAGAUGGUGUCGGAGGACGACGACGGUAACCUGGUGUUCAAGGUGAGCUACCACUACAUGUCUCAGGUGAAGAACGCCAGCGACGCCAACAGCGCGGCCCGCGCCCGGCGGCUGGCCCAGGAGGCGGUCACCCUCUCCACCUCCCUGCCCCUCUCCUCCUCCUCCAGCGUGUUCGUCCGCUGUGACGAGGAGCGCCUCGACAUCAUGAAGGUCCUGAUCACGGGGCCGGCCGACACGCCCUACGCCAACGGCUGCUUUGAGUUCGACGUGUACUUCCCCCAGGACUACCCCAACUCCCCCCCCCUGGUUAACCUGGAGACCACCGGGGGGCACAGCGUCCGCUUCAACCCCAACCUCUACAACGACGGCAAGGUGUGUCUAAGCAUCCUGAACACCUGGCACGGCCGGCCUGAGGAGAAGUGGAACCCGCAGACCUCCAGCUUCCUGCAGGUGCUGGUCUCGGUCCAGUCUCUGAUCCUGGUGUCGGAGCCCUACUUCAACGAGCCGGGCUACGAGCGUUCGCGGGGCACGCCCAGCGGAACGCAGAGCUCCCGCGAGUACGACGGCAACAUCCGCCAGGCCAGCGUCAAGUGGGCCAUGCUGGAGCAGCUGAGGAACCUGUCCUCCUGCUUCAGAGAGGUGAUCCAUAAGCACUUCUACCUGAAGCGGCGGGAGGUGAUGUCUCAGUGUGAGGACUGGAUCACAGACAUCCAGCAGUACAGCAGCGACAAGAGGGUGGGCCGCACCAUGUCCCACCACGCAGCCGCUCUGAAGAGGCACACGGCCCAGCUGCGGGAGGAGCUGCUGAAGCUGCCGUGCCCCGAGGGGCUGGAGCCCGACGGGGCCCACUUCUCCCCGGACCAGCAGCAGACGACAGACGGGGGCCUCCUGCUGAAGGAGCUGCCCCUCGCCACCCCCACCGCUCUGGACGCAGAGACCCCCGGGGGCAGCCAGGACCUGCACGCCCCCACCGAGGUCCAGCUAUGAGUCUGGGGGCCCCUGGGACCCCCAAAAACAACCACCACCCCAGACACCAACUUCUUGCAAGACCACCCUCUGGGGGUGAGGGGGCCGCGGUCAACGGGGACCCAGGUCCCAACCAGCCCCCCUUCACCCUUCUUCAUCCGGCCCACCUUCCCCCUUCUUCAUCCUCCUCCUCCUCACAACUAUCGCUAUGGUUACGGCGUGGACUGGAAAAGGCUUCCAAGCACAAGCCACACGGUUUCAUUUGUCAAUAUUUGUAUGUAAGAAAGGAAUUAUGUAACUGAUGAUGAGUAAUGGGGAU